ACAGGAACCUGCUGCUCCCGUUGCCGUCGCUGCUGCUGUUGCCCCUACCACAAUGAUGCCUAGCGAGGGAAACGACAUGGAUAAAUCCAACAUGGUGAGCACAGGUCGUAUCCAGACAGUUCCAUUAAAGACUUUUACCACCCGAAUCUACAUUGACGAUGCCAAAAACCAUAAAGUGGUACAACUCACCAAUCUUUUGACAACAGCCAUGGUCGUACAAUAUUUAAAAAAGAAGGGUUUAGUGGAUCAAUCGGAUGAAUGGACUCUCUUUGAAAUUGCCAAUAGUCAUGGUGUUGAAAGACCGCUUCGUCAAUGGGAAAUCGUGCUUGAUAUUGUUAGUAUUUGGGAACCUGAUGCAAGUAAUGCUCUCCUAGUUAAAAAAUAUUCAUAUUAUUAUACUUUAACUUCAGAGAGCAUCUUUAAUAAAAAGAUUCCUCCAAUGCAUGGUUGGUUGUCCAUCGAGUAUAAAAAAGGGAAAUGGCAAAAGCGCUAUUGCUUUAUCAAGGAUAAUGCUAUACAUCAUGCCAAGGAUAACAAUAAGGGGUCAUCCACUUCGAUUUUAUGUCAUUUAGGAACUUACGAUGUCUACACUUUACUUUCACCUUUAAAACAAAGUCCAACUCCAUUUGUAUUUGCCAUCCGUGCACAAGAUCGAUCCAGCAUGUUUGAACGAGAAGGAGAUUAUAUGCGAUGUUUAGCAGUGGAGGAUCAAGAUGAAAUGAAAGAUUGGGUUUUAAGUAUCCGUGGUACAAAGAGUCAUAUCCAAUAUGGUUACCAUCCAAAUCGUAUCAUGAACCCAUUGGCCCAUAUCUCUCUCGAGGCUUCCUCUUCCGCUGAUGAACCUGCUUUACGUCGUCACAAAUCCACACGUGAAGCCGCGUCUCUGCCCAAAAGUGAAUCCACACGUCGCGUGGUGGAUGAAAAGCAACCGAUACAAAGAUCUCUGACAAGAAGUGGCACAACACGAGGCUCUCAGCGUAACCCAACCGUUUCCACCAGUACCGGUGCUGUAGAAGCCGCCUCUUCUACACCACUCGUUGACACCACGGAAGAAAGCACGUAUGUUAAGGGUUCUUUAUUAGCUAAAGAAGAACUGGCGGAUCGACACGAAGAACCACAAACGCUGAUCCAUAUUGAUGACCGUAUCAAGUUUGCUAAGGGCAGUUUACUAGACAAGAAAGAAAACCCACUUCCUACUACCGCUGUUUCCGGUGCAGCUGGUAAAAUGACGCGAUCCAAGAGUGUACGUGAGGUGAGUUCGACGACAGCUGGAGCCACAGAGGAUCAGCCUAGACGCCACAUGUCGCUAAGAAGAAAGCCAACGACGAGCAACAACAAUAAAAAACAUCAUGAUGUCCCACUUCCUAAUACAACAACGACACUUUCCUCAUCAUCAUCACCACCUGCUUACUCUACACCCAAUAGUACCUUACUUCGAUUAGAUGAUACACCCGAAAGAUUUCAUUCAAGAGAGUUACAUGGAAGACAUGUGAAACCUUUAUUAAAUUUCGAUUCAAAUGAAAAACCUACCACCACCCUCCAUAGAAAAUAAGCUCUUUUAUAUAUAUAUAUGCAUAUAUAUAUAAUUUUUUUUUUUUUUUUU